AUGUCGUCGCAGCGGCCAAACCCGAGCCAGAAUUCUCAAAGGCGCGACAACAACGACUAUCCGCCUUUACCACCGCAUCGAAGACUACCCCCACUGCCGCCUCUGCCCGCAGAUCAUGUGAUACACCCUCCUCAGCCACCUCGACACCCAUGGGAACCCGAGCCCUACACGACCCAAGACCAGACUGAAUCUUAUCUUCAUCUUAGGCGGCAUAUGGCAGACAGAAAUUUUCAGGCCGAAUACGACGAGCUGGUGGGAAACAGCCUGAAUGGUUUCACAGCGUUCAUGUCUGCGGCGCAGGACGACUUUGGUUUCUCCCGAGAUAGCACCCAGAACCGGAGCCAGGCGUCCAACUUACUAGAUACACCCCAGAACGAUCAGCGAGACAACGACGACGUCCGAAGGAACCCCCUUCAAUUACCGCCCGUCUUUGGUUAUAGGGCUGUUCGAUCAAUAAACGGCCGUCAGCGACCCGAGGGCACCGAAGACGACGUAGAGGCAGUGAGAGCCCUGUGGAAUCGUAGAGCUCAAUAUAGCUCCUCACCCUUUUCACCGCCCAGGAUGCCUCCUAACAUGUCCCCACCUAAUCUAUCCCCCCUUCCUCCUUCGGAGGAAUACCACGAGGGGAACCGAAGAGUAAAAAGGAGAAAGCUGGACUCCGAACGCGCUUCUCAGAGCUUCAGAGGAUUUCGGUACGGUCGAUAUGGGCAAGUUGAGCCCGGCCAGUUGAAGAUGGAAAUAGUGAGCUGCGAUGGGGGACUGUACGAGAACGCCUCCCUGCAUGCUUACGAGAAUAUCUUGAAAGACGACAAAACUGUGUACUGCACACAAUCCAACCGUUGCAACAUCAUCCUACGGCAUCAGGGUGCAACAGCAUUUACCUUGAAGGAGCUCGUGAUCAAGGCGCCGGCAUCAAACUACUCAUCGCCGGUGCGAGAGGGAAUGGUGUUUGUGUCUAUGGACCAAGACGAGCUGCUUAAACGCACAGCGCAAUAUGAGAUACAGUAUGCCCCGCUAAGGUCAAGUCGUUCAUCGGCGACAAGGGCGCUGGCCCCCAUCAUCUCGAUACGUCACCACGAAGAUGGCACAACCGUCACCAGAACUCAUACGCGGCAAAGGCGGCUGUACAGUUUAGGUCACGAUGAGGAAGAAAACGGGCCAAGGACGGCGCAGAUCCCCGCGGAGUUUACUACCCACUUGCCGCCUUUCAAUAUCACGACCGAGUGUAGUUACGAGGAGACCGAUGAUGAGGAAAAUCCAAGGGUUCCUGUCAAUCGGCGAGCACCCAAUAGAAUUGGAGCCUUGCCUUUUGAGAGUGACAGCAGUGACGACGGCAAUCCAUUUGCCUCGGACGAGUAUGGAUUUGAAGACUUCCCCUUCACUAGCAGGCGUCGAGACGCUUCCGACAUGUCUUUGGCAGAGGCUGUAGAGGCAACUCAGGUGGCAACUCAGGAGGCUGUGCGAGCCGUCGGUGGGGAGCUCAUGGCCCCCCAUGCCAAGUUCUUUAUCGAAAAGGAUAAGAGCAAAUGUACCAUUCGGUUUGAUCCGCCAGUUUCUGGACGAUUUAUACUCCUGAAGAUGUGGAGCAGCAGCCGGGCAUCCGGCAGCAACAUCGAUAUUCAAGCAGUACUCGCCACAGGUUUCGCAGGGCCGCGGUAUUUCCCUUCGGUUGAGUUACGAUAA